AUGGCCGCCAUUUAUGAGCAUCCCUUUGUCUCGACGGCAGACAUUGUGGCCGAAUCGAGCUCAUUGAGUUCUUUGGGUUCCCCUGCUUUGUUCUCGAAAGACUCCGAGUUGACCCCCGUUUCGGAGGUUAUAAGAAGAGAGAGGGCGUUGGCGUUGAAGGUCGAUUCUCUGGAUGCUUUGAGAAGUUAUAUCCCCAGAGGGAAAAUGGACGAUACCAGGCAGGUUCUAGAGGCCUUCGUUCAUGAUUUACCUCUUGAAGGAGGUAGAAUUCUUAUGCAGGAGAUUGUGGACUCAUCCGCCACUCCCAAAAAACUGCUGCAGUUGAGGAAUUUUUGGUGGAUGCCAUACUGA